AUGUACCAGAAAUUUGCUCACAAAGGUGUCCGUUGCGACUCCACCCAUGGAACAAUCUUGGUCAUUGACGAAUUUGGCCAAGGCUUUCCUUCUGCUUGGUGUUUAUCCAGUCAUGAGGACUUUACAACAAUGACAAUCUUCUUUAAAGAGAUAAAGAAGACAUGUGGAGUUGUCAACGCAAAUCUGUUUAUGAGCGACAAGGCCCCACAAUUUUACAACGCCAUCAAACUUAUCCGCACGUGGCAUGUUGAUAAAGCAUGGAAAGAGGAACUGUGGAAAAAAUUGGAGACAUUUCUAUUGAAGCCGAAGUGUACAAAAUGCUUCGAAUCGUACUACAGCAACCGGAAGAAAACACGUUUAAGGACUGUUUGGAAGCUCUUCGUAACCGACUUAAGUCCACUGCAAAGUGUGAACAAUUCAACGAGUACUUCAACAAAGAAUGGGAACCCAAAAAAGAACAGUGGGCCUAUUGCUUCAGAAAAGGCCUUCAAUAUGUAUGUGGAGGCUUUUCACCGAGUUUUCAAGACAAUAUACCUCAAAGGAAAAAUAAACAAGCGCGUGGAUAACUGUCUGGUGGAUCUUCUUAAGUACGCUCGUGACAUGGGAUUUGAUCGGCUGAUAAAGAUGACAAAGGGCAAGUUGACAUACCGGAUCAACAUCAUCCACGAGCGGCACAAUCAGAGCAUGUCCAUGCCCACAGAUUCCGUGGAAAAGAUCGGGGACGGAAAAUGGAAAGUACUUUCCGAAAAUGGCAAGAUAUUUUAUAAGGUCAUGGAAGCCCCUACUGUGUGCCAGGAAAAGGAUGCUUGUCAAAUGUCAUGCCCUAAGUGUAGAGUCUGCGUCCACUCAUUCUCCUGCACCUGCCCAGAUUCACUUAUAAUGAGUACCAUAUGA